AUGGUGAAAGAGGCCGUAGACUCCUUCAUCAAGGCUGAUGACCCAGGAGCAUACAUGGAAGUGGUCCAGAAGUGCUCUCAAACUGAGCACUGGGAGGAUCUGAUUGGUGACCGUUGUUUCGACAAUGGCAUGUUCGAAGCAGCGAAGAUCCUGUUCAACAACAUUUCUAAUUUCGCAAAACUAUCCGUAACCUUAGUCAAACUUGGAGAGUAUCAGGGUGCAGUUGAUGCUGCAAGGAAAGCCAAUAGCACCAAGACAUGGAAACAGGUUUGUCGCUACAUCUUGAAGCUCAUCGUUUCUUGUCAUGAACAGGCAAACGUACCUUUCUUUCUCGAAACUUCAAAGAUUGGGUGAGA